GAACAUCAAUUGACAGGCCAUAAAGUGGCAGUUAAAAUCUUAAAUAGACAGAAGAUUCGCAGUUUAGAUGUUGUUGGAAAAAUAAAACGAGAAAUUCAAAAUCUAAAACUCUUUCGCCAUCCUCAUAUUAUCAAACUAUACCAGGUGAUCAGCACUCCAACAGAUUUUUUUAUGGUAAUGGAAUAUGUGUCUGGUGGUGAAUUAUUCGACUACAUCUGUAAACAUGGACGGGUUGAAGAGGUGGAAGCAAGAAGGCUCUUUCAGCAGAUUCUGUCGGCUGUGGAUUACUGUCACAGGCAUAUGGUAGUUCAUCGAGACCUGAAACCAGAGAAUGUGCUGUUGGAUGCUCACAUGAAUGCCAAGAUAGCUGAUUUUGGAUUGUCUAAUAUGAUGUCAGAUGGUGAAUUUCUGCGAACUAGUUGUGGAUCUCCCAAUUAUGCAGCACCUGAAGUCAUCUCAGGCAGAUUGUAUGCAGGCCCUGAAGUUGAUAUCUGGAGCUGUGGUGUUAUUUUGUAUGCCCUUCUUUGUGGCACCCUCCCAUUUGAUGAUGAGCAUGUACCUACGUUAUUUAAGAAGAUCCGAGGGGGUGUUUUUUAUAUUCCAGAAUAUCUCAAUCGUUCUGUUGCCACUCUCCUGAUGCAUAUGCUGCAGGUUGACCCCCUGAAACGAGCAACUAUCAAAGAUAUAAGAGAGCAUGAAUGGUUUAAACAAGAUUUGCCCAGUUACUUAUUUCCUGAAGACCCCUCCUAUGAUGCUAACGUCAUUGAUGAUGAGGCUGUGAAAGAAGUGUGUGAAAAAUUUGAGUGCACAGAAUCAGAAGUCAUGAACAGUUUGUACAGUGGUGACCCUCAAGACCAGCUUGCAGUGGCUUAUCAUCUUGUCAUUGACAAUCGGAGAAUAAUGAACCAAGCCAGUGAGUUCUACCUCGCCUCUAGCCCCCCAACUGGUUCCUUUAUGGAUGACAGUGCCAUGCAUAUUCCCCCAGGCCUGAAACCUCAUCCGGAAAGGAUGCCACCUCUUAUAGCAGACAGCCCUAAAGCAAGAUGUCCCUUGGAUGCACUGAAUACAACUAAGCCCAAAUCUUUAGCUGUGAAAAAAGCCAAGUGGCAUCUUGGAAUCCGAAGUCAAAGCAAACCUUAUGACAUUAUGGCUGAAGUCUACCGAGCUAUGAAACAGCUGGAUUUUGAAUGGAAGGUAGUGAAUGCAUACCAUCUUCGUGUAAGAAGAAAAAAUCCAGUGACUGGCAAUUAUGUGAAAAUGAGCUUACAGCUUUACCUGGUUGACAAUAGAAGCUAUCUUUUGGACUUUAAAAGCAUUGAUGAUGAGGUGGUGGAGCAGAGGUCUGGUUCUUCGACACCUCAGCGUUCCUGUUCUGCUGCUGGCUUACAUAGACCCAGAUCGAGUUUUGAUUCUAUAACAGCGGAGAGCCAUUCACUUUCUGGCUCUCUUUCUGGCUCCUUGACAGGGAGCACAUUGUCUUCAGUUUCACCUCGACUAGGCAGUCACACCAUGGAUUUUUUUGAAAUGUGUGCCAGUCUGAUCACUACUUUAGCCCGUUGAUGAUGUUUCUCUAGUUGGUCUUUCUGUUAUUGCACUGUGAAAAUCAGAUAUAUUCUUAAAACUGUUAGUUUACUUAUGGAUAUCACGUACUCUGGAAUACUGAUUGAGAGUGAUGAAUAUUUCCAGGGGACACUCAAUGCCAUUGAAAUUACUGAAAACAAAUCUGACAGGUAAAUACAACCUGUAGACAUUUUAAUUCUAUUCUGCUGCUGAUAGAUUCAUAGGCAGUACCUUGAGUAGGUGAGGGUUGGUGAAGAUUGUUAAUUUAGAAUUGUGAGUUCAGUAUAGAUGGAUUAAUAUACCCUCACUGGUGAAUGUCUAAUCCAAGGAUAGUUUGGCAACACCUCUUUGCUUGACUAUUUAAUGUAGAUAAAUCCAGUUUACUUCCUAAAAUAAAAAGUUCAGGCUUUAAGUAGUGUUGAUGCACCCUGUUCUCUUGCACAAGAAGAUUAAAAGAAAAUACUACGGCCAUUAGUAAGAUAGUAUUUAAAUGUUGAAAUCUUAAAGGCUUGUCCCCCAAAUUUCAGAAGCCACGUUCUUCUAGUAGUUUUAGUUUUUGCAGAUACUGCCUCGUGUUUUAACGGAAGGGCUGUGGUCCUGAAACAGGUAACUGGUCUUUCCAGGUUCUUAAAAACAGCUGUAAUCAGCUAGCGGCUCUGAGAUCUCCUUGAAGAAUAUAUUUAUCUUAAGAGCCUUCAACCUUCUACUAAGUAUUGGAACAUCUAGGAUUGCAACGACGUUUGUUUUUCAUAAACAUAUCAUUUUUUAAAAAAAAAUCAUUUUAAAACAUGCCUUCAAAAAUACUUUUCUCAAAUUAUUUUUGGCUCUAUUUAUUUUUGUAUUUCACCAAGCAUGAUAAAAUAGACAGUUAAAUGAAACAAAGCAAAAUAUCAACAGUCCCUUAAGGGAGAAUUCUUAUCUCUGAUUUAAUAUAUGUGGUGGUGGAGAGCUUUUGUGUCUGUCCUGUUGUGUCUCACCAGUGCUCAUUCUUCAUCUGAAGUUCAAAUUUGUUAUAGCAGCCGUUCCCCUCCCUAACCUUGUUUGAUCCUUUGUGGCUGACUGACUUAGCUUUUAAAUCUUUUCUGUUUCCCUUUCUUUGUUCCCUAUCUUGGUUCUAGCCAUCCAGUUUGAAAACACUGUUCUGGCCCUAAGGGCUUUUGUGUACUUGCAAAGCUUAAUAGGCUCUGACCUUCACUGUUGAGGCUGUUAGGGUAGGGAAGCCUUAAACAUGGGGAAAAAAAUCUUGAAUAAAUAUGUGUUUUUUACAUAUAUACAUAUAUGUAUUCACAUACCAGUGCUUUUAAAGGAAAACCAAACUGUUUCUUUGUUUUGCUUUGUGUAGGUUUUAUUUUUUAAAGAUUAAAAAGAAACCUAUAUACAGCAGAGUAGAUAAUAAUAGCUGAUUGCUUAUAUUGUUUUAGUGAAAGUAUUUAAUUUUUAAAUUAUGUGUAAUUUAUCUAAUUUGUAUUUAUCUGUUCCUUUGUUUAUAUGUUGUAAUUAACACUCUCAUUCACCUGACUUACCCUAGAAAAGAUUAAGCUCUUGAAAACAGGUUUCUCUUUGCCAAAAAUGAUGUUUUCUAUCAAGAAGCAAAUGAAAAUGUUAGACUAAGUUUCUCCUUUGUUUAUGGAAGAUAAGCAUGCCUGUCUUUAAGUAGUUUUGAGUCAGGAGUUUGCAGUGUGUCACAUCAUAUUGGUUUAUAGAACUUUUUAAAAAUGGUGUUAACUUUUAAAUCUGACUUAAAUUGAAAGGAAUCUUUGCUUGCCAGUUUAGGAAAGGGUGGUGGGUUUACAUUAAACUGUUUCAAGUUUAAGCCUUUGAAAGGCUGCCACCUAGUGGCAACGAAGGGUGCUUUUUGUAGUUUUUACAGGGAAAGCAGUCCUGCUCUUUAGUCUGAUGUGCAUUAUGCAUACACAGGGCAUAAUUUUGGCCUCUCCAAAUGUGUAAAUACCUCUUUUGGGAAAAACAGGGCCACCUCAUAACAUUUUCUUGACUAUGAAUGGGAUGACCUUAGAAAUAUCGAAUUAAUCUGAUGAGUCCUAUCCCCAGUGACAAAAUCCCUAACAAUUUUGAAGGUGGAGAAACAGCAAGGAGUACAGUGGCAUGUUAGCUUUGUAAAUCAGAUAUUAAAAACUUAAUUAUAUUAAAAUUAUUUUAUAAGGAUGUUUAUCAUGUUUGAGAAUUAAAAAUAUUUACUGUUUUCUCCUUCUUGCCAGUAUUUGUGAAUAUCUACACUUUGAUGGUUACCUAUUGAAUUUGAGGAGAGCCUGGAUUGCAGUUUUGAUCCCUGUAUGCUUAAGUUUUUAAAGUACAGCUACUCUGUAACUCUAGAAGGCAUAGUAAGUUGCUUUGUAUGGAGAAGAUUUCAGGAAGCUCAGUCCACACUAAUGGGGCUAGAACAUUGUCCUAGGAAGCUUUUGUUGCUAAUAAGCAGAAAGAGGGAAGAAUCAGUUGCUAAAUCCCCACAUAUCAGUCUUCUAAGCUGGUUAAUUGUAGAUAAUGGUAAGUGAUAGUUAGAUUUGGGGUGGGAAGAAUUUCCAGCUAAGAUUCUGGAGGAGAGCUUCUAGUAUUCGUAUAUACGUAGUCACAUCAUGGAAAGGGACUCCACAUGGUUCUACAGUAGCACUCCCAAAGUGUUUCCCUUGAGAUGCUCUGCUCAAAAACAAGUCCACUGAGCAAGUUUGGAAAAUGUUGCACGCCACUCUCCUGCUUGCGGACGAACAUGGAUUAUGAGCACUAAAGACUUGAAUGGUACUAGUGUGAAAAAUAAAACAUUUAACUUUAGUCCUGCUUUGCCCAAAUUAACUAUCUUUUAAACUUAAUAUCCCAUGGGAAAAGGCAAAUUUGAAAAAUACUUUGUCCCAGGUUGCUAAAAUUAGAGUAGUUAAGAAUAGAAUUAAGAUAUCUUUUCUCAUCAGCCAUGAGAGAGAAAUAUGGUUCAAAAUCAGAAAAAUUGUAUUUUAACCUGUGGACAAAAUCAUUGAGCAGAUGCUGGAAUUUUGUAUGUGUGUGAUGUGCUUCAUAGAAGCACCUUGAUCUUCUUAAUCAGCUUGUGCCAUUGUUUGGGAGCAAAACGUAUUCUGUGUUGUGCUGAACAGAUAGCUAAAAAAACCUUAAAAAAGAUUACUUGUAAAAAUGGCCUACAAGAUUGGUGACUCUUGAUGGCUCUGUGGGCACUGAGUUUGUGACAUUGAUUCUUACUUUGAAAAUGUGUAGUCAGUGAACAUUUUCUAAAUGUUUUUAUAUAGGACAUCAUAUUUAGAUCUAAUUCCUGGUAUCUUUUAAUGUAGGAACCAGAUAACACCUUACCUUGAGUAGGGAGGUAGGCAAACUAUUUCAAGUGGGUUUUUGUUUUGAAAAACAGACUUUUAAGACACUUUUGUAACCUCAAGUGUUCACGUUCCUUGAUACUAGUCAUCUGUAAGAAGAACCUAGGAGCCUAAAUUAGAAGUAAUGGUAUUUGUGUGUCAGGGAAUUGGGUAUAUGUUGUAUAAACAAUUCUCCAUUUUCUGCAAAUAAGGUUCCCGUAACAGUUAUAUAAUUGUGGGCUUGCUUUUUCUUUUUCUCUAGCCACUUUGUACUCAGGGAACAGAACUUGGUUUUUUAUAUUAAAUGAGACAUAAUUGAGAAAAUAAUCAUAGAAAACGGUUACAGGUUUUUUGACUAUUUGAAUUUGUUGCUUCUAUUAAUGCACAGUUUACUCAGUUAAUAUAAGCACUAUAUCUUCCAUUUAUAAAAUAUAAAAGCUUAGAAUGUGCAUACCACAGAUACUGUAUUUUUGUCUAUUCACUGGUUAAGAAUUUAAAUCCUGGUAAGGCUGUGAAAUCUCAAUAUCUAAAUGUUAAACAUCUUCACAGUUUUGUCUGUUUUUGUUUUUAAAGAUUUCCGCCAUUUCAAUCUGGAAUUUCUUUACCUGGUCCUUCUGUGACUUUUUAAAUAGGGAAUGUAAUUUAUCUUAAUAACUCUCAGAGGCUUUAUUAGGAAUUCUGGAUGAGGGAUAUGUGCAAUCUGUCAGUGAGUCACACCUGUGUUGGGCCUCAGUUUGUAACCUCUGAAGUGGGAGGAGUAGACGGACUAAAAGGCCUCUGAGGUACCUUUGAGCUUUAAAGUUCUGUCUUUGCCUUUUUUUUAUGUGAUUUGUAUUAGUGUUCACUUUUUAUAUAUUUAGAGACUUUAUAGUGUGAAUGUUCUUUAUUUGUUCGGUGAGGCAUUUUAAAGACAAAUACUUGAAAAAUUUUUACUACAGCUGCCCUCUGGAAUACAAAUGGCAAAAAACAUCCAGAAAACCAAACAUGUUAAAACAUCAUGUGUACUUAGCAUAGGGAAAAUAUUACUAAUUUGAAGUGUGGGAAGUGUUCCAUACAUUUUUAUAGUGACUUUUAGAUCUCAAGACUGUAUCUUACUAGAACUUAUUUAAUACAUUAGAGCGACCUUGUGAGGUAACCAUUUUCCAGAUGAUGAGGAAAGCAGGCCCACAGAGCUCUUCACAAAGCUUCAGUGCCAUAAAGUAGUCAGCGAUGAGCACUGUUUCUUUGCCACCUGCCUCCAGGGGAGAAUAGUCGGAUUCACUGAAACAUCUGAGUAGCCGAAUUGUAGUGCUUUCGAGUCUUCGAGUGACAUAAAAUUGUCUUAAUUGAAUAUUUCUUAAAUUAUUUGAACUGGUUGAUUGUACUAACUGAAUAUAAUUACCUGAAGUAUGUAUGAUUAGCAUAUUGAUAUUUAAAAGUACUUCUGAGUUAUUGAGGGUGCUUAACAAAAUACCGAAGAAACUUUUAGGCAUGAAUCUUUAAUUUUAUUGAGAUGAUUCUUGUAGCACAAUCUUUUAUAAAAAGUAAAAGUAGCCCUAGCCCCUAACUUAAAUUAUCAUAGUUUUUGACUGUUACCUGAAUUAGACUUGCCUAAAUUUCAUAUACAGAUUGAUUUUUCAUUUUGUAUGUGUAUUUAGGUGAUAAACAUGGUUUUCGUAGAGUCUGUUUCCAUUCACAAACUACCUAAUUAUUGGCUUGAUAUUCUCCCAAAUCUUAACUUUGAAAUGUAAUUUGUUUGAUGAGCUUUAAAGAUGACACGUUCCUUAAACAAGUUGCUGGUAUCCUUACUAGCUGUUGCACAUAUAAUAAUGAUGCAUUUGAUGCUACUGAACAGAAAUAGCAUAAAGAACAGCACUCACAGUCUAGACUGGAUUGAGCUUUAAUUAAACUUUUUCAGCCAUAACCUGACAAGAAUCAGGCUGGGUCCCGAAGUUGGCAAGCCAAUCGUGGGCCCAUAUUAACGUGGGGGCCAGGGUCCAUAUUCACUGCCAGCCUUGUGUAGCAGUGCCAGUUUGCAGCCGUGACUGUGAUGUGACUUUUGGUAAUUGUUUAUAAUCUAAAGCAGUUUAGAUCUUAGAGAAGCAGCUUAUGAUUAUUCGGACAAGCAAGGUAGGUAAAUUUCAGUUACAUUUAAAGUGCAAUUAAGGAAACCCUAGAGUAGUGUGCUCUUUCCAGGACAAAAGCUUAAGUAUUUGUAGAAUAUCCUAGCAUGGAAAUUUUCCUGAACGUAAAUGGAAUUUUGAGGUUCAUACAUGUGAUUGUUUUUCAAGGUUAACUACUGUGCAUUGAUUUAAAAUUUCAAGGAGGAAUAGGGACGUUCUAUCCAAGGAGAACUGCCUAAUUUUUUUGCUGCUAAUGUAAGCAUUUAUUUUUCAUAGCUAAAAAUCCCUUUUCAGUUAGUUGUGUUAAAAAAAAAAAAAAAGGCCAUCCAUCUAGAUAGAUAACAUUUUCCUGAAUGGAAAAAGAAAUAGAUCCAUUGUUAUAAACAAAAACACCUUAAUUGUGCCUUUUCAAAUUAGAGGAAUAAUAGUAAUUAGUCAAAAAUUUGAACUAUCUUUUUUCAAAUUCCUCUCCUUUUUCCUUAGAUCUGCCGUCCACAAAUAGUUUGCUUUUGCCUGUUUGUUUUCAGGCUCCUGGGGGCAGGCCUUACCCUAUCCCUGUCGGAAGCUGUUCAAGGAUGUAUUUUUCUAUUCCUUUAACAUUGCUUUACUUUUUAAGUUACUUUGGCAAAACUUUGCUAUUCAUUUUUAAAACAUGAGAAAAUAGCCAAUCUUUAUAUUUCAGCCCUUUAAAAUGUUUAUAAAGGCAAGAAAUACUGCACAGCAAAGAACAAAAAUCUAAUAUGGAAUCUGAUUCCCAGUUUGGUUGAGUUUUCUCACCUACACAGUGUGGCCAAUAACAUACCUCACAGACGUGUGAGAAACUAAGGCCCUUGCUUCAAUACAGGGUUUAUCAUCCUAUUUAAGGUAACUCUCUUCUUCCUUUUUUUUUUUUUUAAUAGAGAUCUUUGAUACUGAUAGGAUGAGUAUCUUGAUUUUAGGUAAGUCUUAUGUGGUAAGAAAAAAUGUUUAAGACCACAGUUUCACAAAUUAUGGUAUUUUAAGUGACUUAAAAUUUCUUGAUGAUAUCAAAUAUUCAAAUAUUGAACUUGUCUUUUGUGGCAACAGAUAUUCAGAACUUCUUUAAAUGUUGGCUGAAUCUGCCUUAAUGUUCCAAAUACAGCUUUCUUUCAAGACUGUUCAUAAAUAUGUAUGGUUGUAUAAUGUUUUGUGUGUUUAAUGUAAAAUUGUUAGAGAACUGUGAUCUCUCAGAAUAGUAAUCUAAAUGUUUUGAGAAUUUUUAUGUUCCUUGUCAUAUAUGCUAAAAUAUCAUACAGUGGGUUUUGCGUGCAACAAAUAAAACUGAAAGUUGAUAGCCAUUAGGUUAUGACCAUGACAAUCAAGAAAAUAUAAGAUUGGCUAUUAUUAAAAAAAAAAUUAUAAGAGUAUCCUUUGUAGCCUGUCCUUGAUAAAGAAAAAAAAAAUCCCAUUGACAGAUUCACCUAUUGAAGCAUUUGGUAACAUAUUUAAAAAUCUUUUUAAAACUGUUGAAAUUGGAAUCAUUUUUUUAUGACUUCAGGAAAAAGAAAAAAAAAACCCUGACUUUGAGUGUUUUUGUGUUUUAAUAACCAUAGAUUCAAAUUUCGGUUUUGUUUGUUAGGUAUUUUUUUGUGUGUGUGGGUGUUAAAUGAUCAGUGACAAGGCUCUGUCUUCCAGUAACCACGUGGUGAAGCUGUCCUCUUGAACUAUACACAGUUCAUAGUUCUGGGUUCUCCUUGCUUCAUAUUUGCACUGUGUGUACUCACAGGUAACAAACCCAAAAGAGAAAAGCAGCCUGAUUGCUUAUAAGCUUUUUUUCUCAAAAUAAAAUUAAAGUCUCUGGUUAAUGUGAAAGCUA